UCGGGAGCGGCACCCCCCGGCAGGCUCGAGCACGGCCUGGGCUGCCGCCCCCGAGCCCCCCCGAGCGCCGCCUUCGCCGCCACCGCCUCAGGGCCCAAGGCAGCCUCCCGGAGCCCUGCCCCGGGCGCUCCCCGCCGACUGUGAGAGGCGGGCAUCCACACCUGCCAGAUGCUGCGCCGCGGGAUCCGCCGCGUGCUGCCCAGGCGCGACAACUGGCAUCAUCUUCAGGAGUACGCCGUCGGCGAGGCCAACACGGAGGAGUUCCGGCUGCUGCGCGCCAAGGACACGGCCGUGUCCAAUCUCAUCGCGGGGCAGCAGGGGGCUGCCGCCAAGGCGAUCGACUGGGCAUCGUGGGAGGCCCGCAUUAGCAACAAGGAGGUGUUGACGUGCCUGAAGGACUUCCACACCCAGCAGACCGCCAUCCUGGACAGCCUCGCCAAGGAGGACCACCUCGCUGCAGCCAAGGGCCAGACCGCCGGGUGGGAGCUCUUCGACCAGGCGGUGGCCAGCUGCCAGAAGUCGGUGGAGAAGUCCGAGG